CUCCGCGCUGCCAGCUGCAGUCGGCGUGCGCCCUCGCCGCGCCCUGAUUAGUGUGGAGCCGGCCGGCCAAGCCUGCGCAGUCGCGGCGGCCGGGGAAGAUGGUGGAGGACGGCGCGGAGGAUCUUGAGGACCUGGUGCACUUCUCGGUGUCCGAGUUGCCGAGUCGCGGCUACGGCGUCAUGGAGGAGAUCCGACGGCAGGGCAAGCUGUGCGACGUGACGCUCAAGAUCGGGGACCACAAGUUCAGCGCUCACCGGAUCGUCCUAGCGGCAUCCAUCCCGUACUUCCACGCCAUGUUUACCAACGACAUGAUAGAGUGCAAGCAGGAUGAGAUUGUCAUGCAGGGCAUGGACCCAAGCACCCUGGAGGCUCUGAUCAACUUCGCGUACAAUGGCAACCUUGCCAUCGACCAGCAGAACGUGCAGUCGCUGCUGAUGGGGGCGAGCUUCCUGCAGCUGCAGAGCAUCAAAGACGCCUGCUGUGUGUUCCUCCGAGAACGGCUCCACCCCAAAAACUGCCUGGGUGUGCGCCAGUUCGCUGGGACAAUGAUGUGCGCUGUGCUGUACGACGCGGCCAACAGCUUCAUCCACCAGCACUUUGUGGAGGUGUCCCUGUCGGAGGAGUUCCUGGCCCUGCCACUGGAUGACGCGCUCGAGCUCCUGUCCCAGGACGAGCUGAAUGUGAAGUCAGAGGAGCAGGUCUACGAAGCCGCAUUGGCCUGGGUCAGAUAUGACCGGGAGCAGAGGGGUCCCUGCCUGCCCGAGCUGCUGUCCAUCAUCCGCCUGCCUCUCUGCCGUCCCCAGUUCCUGACUGACCGAGUACAGCAGGAUGACCUGGUACGAAGCUGCCACAAGUGCAGGGACCUGGUGGAGCAGGCAAAGGACUAUCACCUCAUGCAGGAGCAGCGGCCCCACCUCCUGGCCUUCAGAACUCAGCCUCGCUGCUGCACGUCCAUUACUGGGCUGAUCUACGCCGUGGGAGGCCUCAAGUCAGCAGCACAUUUUUAUGCAGGUGAUUCCCUGAAUAUGGUGGAAGUGUUUGACCCCAUCGCCAAUUGCUGGACGAAGUGCCAUCCCAUGACGACGGCCCGCAGCCGGAUGGGCGUGGCCGUGGUGAACGGGCUCCUCUACGCCAUCGGGGGUUACGACGGCCAGCGGCGGCUGAGCACAGUGGAGGCCUACAACCCACAGACAGACACGUGGACCCAUGUGGGCAGCAUGAACAGCAAGAGAAGCCAGAGGCCCAUCCGGGCUGACGGCUCUGUCUGUUUCAGUGCCAUGGGGACUGCCGUGCUAGACGGGCAGAUCUACGUCUGUGGGGGCUACGAUGGCAACUCCUCCCUCAGCUCCGUGGAGACCUACUCACCUGAGAUGGACAAGUGGACAGAGGUGACCCCGAUGAGCUCAAGCCGCAGCGCUGCUGGCAUCGCGGUUUUCGAGGGGAGGAUCUACAUGUCGGGUGGCCACAACGGCCUGCAGAUCUUCAGCAGCGUAGAGCACUACAACCACCACACAGCCACCUGGCACCCGGCCGCCAGCCUGCUCAACAAGCGCUGCCGCCAUGGGGCCGCCUCCCUGGGCAGCAAGAUGUUCGUGUGCGGGGGCUACGACGGCUCCGGCUUCCUGAGCAUCGCUGAGGUGUACAGCUCCGUGGUGGACCAGUGGUGCUUCAUCGUCCCCAUGCACACGCGCCGCAGCCGGGUCUCCCUCGUGACCAGCUGCGGGCGGCUCUACGCAGUGGGCGGCUAUGACGGACAGUCGAACCUGAGCUCUGUGGAGAUGUACGACCCCGAGACAGACUGCUGGACGUUCAUGGCCCCCAUGGUGUGCCAUGAGGGCGGGGUCGGCGUGGGCUGCAUCCCCCUCCUCACCAUCUAAGGCCAAGGGUGGGAGGCAGUGGGGUAGGGAUCCGGUACAAACCUAGGCGCUUCCGUCCGGGGCCGAGCCCUCCGGGAGAGGUGAGGGACCAGGAGGCGGGGAGAAACGCGAGCUUGCCAGAGGCACGGCUUCUCCAGGUACUUACACCCUCCUCCCUGUGCUGCCCUUGUGACCUGUGGUCCCCAAGGUGCACAGCCGGGGACAGGGAGCUGCGUUGCUGGUCCACACAGAUGCAGCUCCAGCCCGGCCCAGCUCCAGCCCGGCCCAGCUCCUGCCCUCUGAGGUGUCAGGAGCCGCCCACCUGCGGCCACUCUGCCAUGGGGAGGGGAAGGGGGCCCAGCGCGUGGGAAAUCAUGGGGUGCAGCUGGAGAGAAAGGGCGCACCCCACGUGUUCUUCCUGUCGGUGAUGAUGUAGCUGCAGCAGCGGCAGCGGCAGCGGCAGCUUCCGCUAUGGGACACGGAGGGUUCUGUCCUCGCCUCUGGUAAGCAGGGAGGACCCCGGUCUUCCCCUUGUCUGAUGUUGGGAUUUCAGUAAGGUCUUUCCAUCUUGUCCAGGAGAAGUAGGGAAAAAUGGUACUUGAAAGCAACGGACGGCAUAAAACACUUGAAAGAAACUGGAAAGAAAAAUACUUUUUUUAAGUGAAUUUUUUCUGCAGGCAGAAAAUAUGAAGGACACUAAAGGCAAAUAAAUACAUGUUUAAGUGAAAAAGCCACCAAACAUGAGAAUGUCAGUGUCCGCUCCCACAUCUGGAUCCCAGGGUCCGGAGCCUGCUGAAGCAGUUGGAGCCCUGCAUGCCUGGAAUCGGGACCCUUGUGCUGGUCCUGCCACAGGUGCUCAUGGCUCAUCUCCACAUCCGGCUCGCCAGGAGGUGAGUUACUGCCUCUCCUGGCUGGGAGUCCCGGCUGCUGUGGAGGCUCCAGAUGCCCGUGAUUACCUCCCAUUGCCACCAGGGCGCUCGCUGAGCCCCCCACUCCCACUUCCCUUCCUUCCCUUUGGGACCAGCGGGAAACAGCGCAUCCAGCCAGAUUCGCUCUGCCCAUCCGUCCGUCCUGGAUCCUGCUCCUCGUGAUGCUCCUGGGCUCAUUGCCCAUUUGUACCUCCAGAACCCAGUCAGGGUUCCUCCCACCAGCCUGGGGAAGGCUGGCCUGUGGCCUCGCCCGCCCUGCCAUCCACUUCCCCUCCGUCCACUCGCCAGUGCCAGGGGUCUGACGUCCCCAGCCCCUGGCCGCCCGACCAGCAAGGUGGACCUUUACUUCCAAGCACAUCUGGCUCUAGGGUCUGAAGGACUUGAGGCUAAAAGAAUCUUUUGCUGCUGAAAAGAAUGGAUUUUAUAUUUCUUCCUCUAAUCUUGGCAAAUGACCUCAUGAAGAGACUGCACUCCUUCCUCCUCCCCGAUGGGACCUUCAUGUCACACCUCAGGACCCAGAAAGGAGGACAUUUUCUCUUACCAGUGCCCUGGGCAGUGAAGCUGUUCUUCAACUGCUGCUGCCAAAAUCUGCUUUUAUAAAUUCUUCCAGUGGAGACUCAAAGAGGACACAAUUCCUUUUUGCUCAAGACCGGGCCUUAGGUCACACUGGCCACCUGGUUGAUUUUCCAUGCUCUGCUGCCCACCUGGAGUGGCUCAAGCCCGUUUAGAGAGGCACAGUGUGGCGCCUGGGCGUUGCCUUCCUCCCCAUCCCCAGUACCACCAGGGUCACCAGGGUGUGCGAUCGUCAUGGGGACAGAGGGGAGGACCUCUGUCACUUGCAGCUUGGGAGCUGGACCUCUUACAAGCACUUGAAAGUGACGUUUUUAAGACUCAACAACCUGAGAGCUGCGUCCCCUUGGUUUGCCUGUGUGGGUAGGCUGCAGGGGAGGAGGAGGAGGAUCCAUUUCCUGCCGAGAGGAGUUACAGCGCUCACCCGCUCCCGAGGAGCCCUUCUCUUGUGACUGAGGCAGCGCUGGGUCUGGCUCGUGAAGGUGCUCAUCAGCGGUCACCAGAGUGGGCCUCGAGCUCUUCAGGGCACUGGCCCUCUCGCCACUGGGGCCGGUGAGUCCCUUUCCCAUGCCCUGCCGCCCCGUGGUGGCCUUCCUGGGUCCACUCCCGCUGGACCUGAGGCCACACUGCACCCAAGGCCAGUGUUUGUUACCAAGGAAGAACAAGCCCGUGCUUUGAUCUGGGCUCUGAGCAGUUUCCUGAACCUCGUUUUCAAAAACAUCCCAGCCGUUUCCUGGACGACUGUGUGUAGUGUUGGGUACCACGGGCAGGAUGAGACUGCAUCCGAGGACAUUGCGUGCCAUGGCCUCAGGGAGCAGCCUGGCUCUGAGCAGAGGGCACCUGUGUUUGCUGUCCUUGUCAUUUCGCCGCCUCGGAUGAUGCAGAGGUCUCUCUUCUGGGGUCACCCGAGAUCACGGCCAGCUGGGGCCUGACGACCAGCCUCUUGGCUUGACCACAGGUGUGACCAUGUAGGCAUCCCCUGCCCCACUUAAUGUCUCACAGAAAACCCUUUAUUUAUAGAACGCAUGUCAUUUGUUUUAAACCAAAGAGAAAUAAACACUCCUAAUGGCUUUUGCCCCUUCCUGA